GGCAGUGGGCGCCAGAGGAUCCGGGCCGCAGCGAAUUUUCUCCUAACUUUUCUGUUUGGCUUUGAGGAUGAGAUUGGGGCGGGACGGAGGGUCUUGCCCCGCAGUUCACCCUUCAUAGACUUCUGUACUUAUUUUUGUCAAGCUUUAGGGAAAAGGAUAUUAAGCAAAAAUCUCUACCUUUUGUGUGCCUUUAAAUGUAAAUAUAAUGUCCAUUUUCAGUGCUGGAACUGGGGGCUCUUUGUUUUGGGUUAUGCUCCAUGGUGUCCUGCUUGUCAAAAUCUCCAACCAGAGUGGGAAGCUUUUGCUGAAUGGGGAGAAGAUCUCGAGGUUAAUGUUGCAAAAGUAGAUGUCACAGAGCAGACAGGACUGAGUGGAAGAUUUAUCAUAACUGCUCUUCCUACGAUUUAUCAUUGUAAAGAUGGUGAAAUUAGGCGCUAUCAGGGUCCAAGGACUAAGAAUGACUUCAUAAACUUUGUAAGUGAAAAAGAGUGGAAGAGUAUUGAACCUGUUUCAUCGUGGUUUGGUCCAAGUUCUAUUCUGAUGAGUAGUAUGUCAGCACUCUUUCGGCUUUCCAUGUACAUCAGGAAUUGCUAUGACUAUUUUAUUGAAGACCUUGGACUACCAGUUUGGGGAUCAUACACAAUUUUUGCUUUAGCAACUUUGCUUUCAGGACUGUUAUUGGGACUUUGUAUGAUAUUUGUAGCAGAUUGUCUUUGUCCCUCAAAAAGGCGCAAAACACAUUCAUAUCCUUCAAAAAAACCAUUACCAGAAUUUUCUGAACCUCAGAAAAAAAUGGUGGAGGAACAAGAGGCUGAUGAAGAAGAUGUUUCAGAAGAAGAAGCAGAAAAUAAAGCAGCAAACUCAGACUUCCCACAGAGUGCCAUAAGACAACGUCCUGUGGGUCCAUCAUUAGCUGCAGAUACAUCCUAGUUAAUUUUUAUAAGUAUCUUAAUAUUGUGAUUUUGACAAAGCAGAAAAUUGACCAUUUGUCUUGUUUUAAAGUGAACUAUGAUUUGUAUAUUGCAGAGUUCAGUCUAAUUGUCAUUGGAUUGAACAUUUUAUUCAGAAAAUACAAGCAAGUAUAAAAGUUUGAAAUAUGAUUUAAGAACAUUGGAGGUUUAAACACUUGUUUAAUUUUAGAAAAUCUGGUGCCAAGCAAUAAGAUUUGUGUAUGUUUAGUUUAGUAAUAACCUCUUUCAAGUCAGAGUUGAGCGAUUAUAUAUCCUAAGAUUUACAUUAAUGGGGGUAUUUAAGAUUACUUAGAGAAAAAAAUUUCUCAUUUGAUGUAUUUUUUCUCAGUUUCACUGUGUGAAAAAAAGAACAUAUUUCCCAUAAAUGGGAACUUUGCCCCUUGUCUAAAGAAAUGUGUAUAUCGGUGAUAAUUUUGGUCUUUUAGAGAUAUAGUCCAAAAUUUCUCACUUUUUAGAUUAUAUAGCUAGUGAAAACUGUCUUGCUUUAAUUACAGUUUUCUUUUUUAACGUCAUAUACAGGAUAUGCUACUGAUUUAAGUUUUUAUAAAUCCUAGGUGUUCUCUUGAUUCCUAUAAAGGUUUGUUCCUGUUUUAUUCCUUUUCUUAGUUUUAUGGUUUCUUAUUUUGCCUUAGAUUUUUUUCAA